GUCGCAGAAAAGCUGAGUGCUAGAGUUUACUGCACUAUCACGCGCCGAGUAACUGGUGCAGACGACGGCUCGUGCAGGUAAAUUUUGUAAACUGGUAAGCGGUUUCCAUGGGGAAGAAAAACAGUAAACUGAAGAAUGAAGCUAUUUCAAAACUUGUGGAAGAAACAUACUGUAAGUUGACAUUUUGUUUCACGGAAAAAGAAAUACGACAAUGGUAUAAAGGUUUCGUGAAAGACUGCCCAAAUGGCCAUCUCACAGAAGAGGGAUUUUUAAGAAUCUACAAGCUAUUUUUCCCACAAGGUGACCCGUCCAAGUUUACGUCACUGGUGUUCAGAGUGUUUGACGAAAACAAGGACGGAGCAAUCGAAUUUGAAGAAUUUAUCCGAGCUUUGUCGGUGACGUCACGAGGAAAUGUUGAAGAAAAACUUGAUUGGGCGUUCAAGCUGUAUGACGUUGACGACGACGGAUACAUCACACGAGAAGAGAUGUACAGCAUUGUAGAUGCUAUCUACCAGAUGUUAGGAAACCAGUCAGGAGAGAACAAAAAUGAGGAAGAAGAUACACCACAAGAAAGGGUUGACAAAAUAUUCCAACAUUUAGACAAGAAUCAUGACGACAAACUGACUCUAGAGGAAUUUCGUGAAGGUUCGAAGGGAGAUGAAAAGAUUGUUCAGGCCUUAUCCCUCUACUCUCCAUGAUAAAAGCUGCUUUUUUCAAGAGUAAAUUCAUGACAAAAACUAAACUAUGUCUUAACUUCAAUAUUAAAUACAGUUUUUGUUUGCCAACUGAAUGCGUGUAUCAUAUAAGCAGGGGAUACAGAUUAAUAUAAUUGGAAUACAUUAUGGUUGACAUUAUUGGAUUACGUUAUCGUUGACAGGUUUCGAGAGAUUAUAUAUUUGUUUAAAUGGUGUUCAGGCUUUAUCCACAGAGAGGAUAACGUUUUUGAUUAUUUCAUUUUCUUGUUAAAUAUUCAUUUCUAACCACAAAAAGUUAUUUUUAAAUAUUUUUCUGUAAAACAGAACACAUGAAUGCGUGCUCUUAAAUUUUAGUUUAUAAAAAUCAAACCAUUUUUCUUGCGUGACAUAUUAAUAAGUUAAUGAGAAUUACAAAUUAAUAAUAUUUGAAAUGAUUCGCAAUGAAAAUAUUAUUGAACAACUUGCAUUUUCAGAUUUUUUUUAUGUCUGCACUAAUUCAAUUCAUAAAUAUAAAAAAGCCUUUUUGCAAGAAUAAUUUUCAGUCUAAAAUAAUGCAUUUUCUUUUUAUAAUAGAUACACACAAUUUUAUUCAAUAAGUACCUCAAGGAAGCUCUGACAUGAUAUAAACAAAAUGCUUUAUUGGUGUACUUAUGAAAGUUUAAAACCUGUAUAUUUACUAUUAGAAGGUCAGUUACACCUACGUAUUCCAUAAAGAUAUUUAUUGUACCUUUAAAAUCAUGUUUUUACUUUUAAUAAUUUAACUGAUUUCAAUGGGUUUGUUUUGGGACGCUGUUUCUAACUGCUAGCACAGGGCUUUAACGGACUUAUUUUAUUUGAUUUUACUUUCUUAGGUCUUCAUCAUCUGGAUUGUCGAAACUUUUUGCUGUUUUGCUCAACCUCCUGCGUAUCUAGUAAUAUUGUGACUCAUGACCUUUUCUGGUUAUUUUACACAAGUAUACUAACUUGUCAGAUAAAGAUUUUGGCUUGGAAAUGAUUUCUAAACGGUUUUGUCAAACCAGCUAUGAUUAUAAAUAUAUUUUAUCUUAUAUAACCGCAAAUUAACUUGAGUAAAACCCGGUUAAUGGAAAGUACUGGUAUUCCUAGUCAUGAAUAAAAAACGUGUUGAGUCAAAGGUCAAUCGUGAAAUGUUCUUCCAUCACAAACAGUCCGUUUUCUUGGGUGCCAUCUGGUGAAGAUAAUGUAAGCUAAAACUUACUUUCACACAAACAUUAGUUGGCCACACAGGGUGAGUUUUUAUUGUCGAGAAUCUGAGAAUUCUACAGAGGUGGAACCUAAAGUUAGUAUACGGUGUUCUUGGUUAGAGAAGCACAUCUGGCAUGAACAGCGCAGUAAUUACUUCCAAAUGCUACCAAUUACUAAACUGGUUGUGAUAAACGUGAUAGGUAAGUCUAUUUUUAACAUGUUCCGUGAGCUUAUCAUCAUUUUUACUUUCCUGACAAAUACAACUCUCACCCGGUCUUGAAUUACUCCACGAAUUUUUGUAUUUACAGAAAUGACUCAACCCACUGUUCCGUGCAGUUAAAAAUUACAUCUGACGCACAGACAAGUUGAAUAUAUUAUAUUAGUUUCUUAGGAAAAACAAAGCGGAAUCAGCGCAGAGUUUAAAUUCUCAUUUUUCCUAUCAAACUCGUGUUCUAUCCUCUGAAUUGUCGAACUUCGAUACCACUUCAAUGGGCGAGAACAGUAUUAGGUAAUAGCUAACCAGAAAGACCUUCAACUUUUGUUGUUUUCUGUUCAGUUAUGACAUACCGAACUAAGUAUCACUUUAAACCACGUUCCUUUUGAAAUUGCAUUUAAUUACUUUAUCAAAAUACGACUUGUUUGUUUUUAAUUAAGCACAAAGCUACACGAUGGGCUAUCUGUGCUCUGCCCACCAGGGGUAUCGAAACCCGGUAUCUAGCGUUGUAAAUCCACAGACAUACCGCUGUGUCACCGAGGGGCUCAAAAUACGAAAACAGUUAAAGAUGGGCUAUCUGUGCUCUGCCCACCACGGGUAUCGAAACCCGGUAUCUAGCGGUGUAAAUCCGCAGACAUACCGUUCUGUCACCGAGGAGCUCAAAAUACGAAAACAGUUAACGAUGUGCUAUCUGUGCUCUGCCCACCACGGGUAUUGAAACCCAGCAUCUGGCGUCGUAAAUCCGCAAACAUACCGCUGUGUCACCGAGGGGCUCAAAAUUCGAAAAAAGUUAACUUAUGCGCCUUAAUUUCUGCCUCUUCUUUGAGAACUUUCUAAACAAAAAUGUGCUUCGUACUUUGACGUUAAUGUGCGAUACAAAUAACGAUCAAGUCCAUUAUUCGUUUAUAGUAGCCCAAGAGUUGACGAGGUAUAUUGUUGACUAGCUGGGCUAGUAAGUACUUUCCCUCUAGUCCAUCAGUUCAAAUAGCCCUAAUAUAGUUUUUUUUUACGAUAUUCUGAAACAAACAAAUUCGUUCGGAAACUUUUUGUCGCUUCUUUUCGUUACUGACUGUUAACGACUUUAUAAGCUCAAAUGUUACGCGUCGGAAAAUAUUUCCAUUGAAAUAAGACAAAAUAAGUUUGAAUGUAUGGGUUUCAUAAAUAAGAUAAAAUUAGUUCUUUGUUAAAGUAACCAAAAAUAGAAACGCAUGUAUAAAAGAACAAACAGUUUGAUAAUUUCACACGUGAUUAUGCUUAAUUCCGGUAGCUAGAGUUAGAAUGCCAGACUGUGGAUCUGAUGGUCCAUGGUUCGCGUCUUGUUAUCACAAAGAAUAAUAACAAAUCGCCCUCCGUUUGGGAUCGUAGAUGUUUUAUAAUAGUGACAGUCAAAUUUCGAUUAGAAUAGUCCAAAAGUUGGCGGGAAUGUACUGUUUGACUAGCUACCCGCCCUCUAGUUUAUCAGUUCUAAAUUAAGGACGACUGGUGCAGACAGCUUUUGCGAAACUAUCCGAAACAAAUCCUUCACAAGUUUAUAAUUACUUUUAUACUCAACCGAAGACAAUGGCUAAAAAUGGGACAAUCGCUACAGGUAUUCAAUUGUAUAUUUCCUGUUAAGCACAAAGCUACACAGUGGGCUACCUGUACUGUGCCCCCGACGGGCUAGAUUCUGAAUUUUAGCAUUAUAAGACCUCAAGCUUACCACUGAGCCACCGUGGUAACAGUGGAAUAAACUACUGUUUGUUGGACUUAAAAAAGUUAGUACACAUUCCCCGAAUAUGUACAAGCUGUUAUGCUACUACUAAUCCUCGUUUGUUCAUCAUGGAAUUUAUUUUAUCAUUUUGAAAGAGAAAAGGCCAACGAGACGAGGUUGUGGUGGUUUUUGUUUGUUUUUUUUUCGCACCUAAAGUAUUUUUAGGAGGGUUUCAGAUGACAACCAAUCUGGCUUUCAUUUACAGUGUCUAGAAUAAUUGUUUGUUUGUUUUUAAUUAUGCACAAAGCUACACAAGGGCUAUCUGUGCU